AUGCAACUCUCACUCUUCACUACCAUUGUUUCUGUCACGGCAGUCUUUGCUGCCACCAAUGAGCCAUGCUAUAGUACAGAUGGCAGAGCCGGCGUCUGUGUCUUGUCCAGCACUUGUGAAUCCGGCGGCGGCACCACCAUCAACGGCGCUUGCCCGGCUGACGCAGCCAACGUGAAAUGCUGUAGCAAGUCAAGCUGCGGCAGCGGAGGCAACUGCCGCUGGGCGAGUGACUGCGCCGGCACGAGCGCUUCGAACCAGUGCCCCGGCCCUGCCCAGUUCAAAUGUUGCUCCUCUACCGCUGGUGGCUUCGGCGGUUAUGGUGCACCAACUAUCCCACCUGUAGGAGCAUGCAAGGCUGUCGCUGUCGAUGGCGCCAAGAAGAUUGUUGCAGCGUUCCCUGGAAGGGUUCGAGAGAUUGGAUGCGUGCGCGACUGCGCAUGCCCUGGCACUUCAGACCACUGCUGUGGAAAGGCGACUGACAUGAUGUGCUCCGAUGCUGGUGGUGUACCCACGCUCUCCGGCAAGGAGAUCGCAGAAUGGGUCAUGAAUAAUCGCGCUACUCUUAACUUGAAGUACGUCAUCUGGGGCCAGAAGAUUUGGCAGCCUUCAGUAGAUGCUGUCAAGCCGUGGACACAGUGGAAGACCAUGGAAGAUCGUGGCGAUUUCACUCAGAACCACUGGGAUCAUGUUCAUGUGAGCUACAAUUAA